AUGGCAGUUCAAUAUCCUAUCUACCCUGAGGAGUAUUGGGGACUUGACCCACUAUUUAGAACACCUGUGAAAUUAUACAUCAAACAUGUUUUAGAGAUGCCCGAGUCACCAGCUGCAGGUGUGUUCCUAUUCAAGAAUCAUCCUAUAGUUAAGGUGGACAUACAAGGAACUGUGGUCAGCAUUAUCGAGAAAACAAAGUUCACAUCAUAUGGAGUGGAUGACAGUACAGGAGUUAUCAACUGUUGCUGUUGGAAUAAUGCAGAUGACAUUACUGAUUUAGACACUUCAGAUCCCCUGAGCAACAUUCUGAGGGAUUCCCUACGUGAUAUACCUGGUAUUUCUAACGUCAAGUUAGGCGACACACUAAAUGUGAAAGGAAAAUUGAAAGUGUUCAGGGACAGGAGAGAGAUCAGCUCCUCUGAUUCACAAUGCUAUAAAGUACUAAGCUUUGAUGAGGAGAUCACAAGGAUGCUAGAGCUCCCUCUAUUGUACAAAGAUGUAUACCAUGUGCCAUUUAGGCUACCAGAACGUGUUAAAGAAGACUGGGAACAGAUGCAGCUUGAGGGAGAGACAGGGGUCAAGAGCAAUCAAACCUUGGCUAAGGAGAUUAGUGUAGCUGUCAAGUGGCAUAUAUCCCAAGGACCUGUGAAGUACCUUCACAUAGAUGACAUCCAUAACAUUGGAGCCAUCAAGCAGAUUUUAGAAAUGGUAGAGACAUCAGCAGAUGAGACAUCACACACUAAUAACCUGGUGGAGAAGGCCAUCAGUCUACUGGAAGAAGAAGGUCUUCUUUUCAAAAUGGGAGGCCAGAGGGCUACAAGUAUGCAGGUGACAGAUAAUUGUUCGGAUUUGGGUGUAACCAUCAUUGAGACACUGAGACGACAAUGCUCCAAGCCUAGGUAUGAGGAAACUGGACUUCACUUCCUACGCAUCUUGGAUGAGCUUCACAAGACUGUAACAUACAACAAGCUGACAUUACAUGCUCUAAAGAGAUGCCUUUCUAAGCUAGAGGACAAUAGCGAUAUUAUAAGAGUGACAGAGACACAUUAUGUUGCUUAUACUUAG